AUGGUCUCUCGCUCAGGCGAGAGGCACUCGCCUAAGAAAGUUCGCGAGGAGAACUUGGAGCGAGGUUUGUUUGUUAUUGGGCCAACUGUGGAGGAUUUCCUAUGCCACAAGCCAGCAGAGUUCACUGGCAAGGCCUCCCCUGAUGAAGCGAAUGCAUGGCUCCGCAAGUGCGAGAAGAUUUUCAGGGUGAUGAACUGUGAGGAUGAGCAGAAGCUGCUCUGUGCUACCUAUCUGCUGAAUAAGGAUGCAGAGUAUUGGUGGACAGGUAUGCAACAACAGAUGGAGACUCGGAAGGAGCCGGCUACUUGGGAAAACUUCAGGACUCGUUUCCUGGAGAAAUAUUUUCCAAACACUGUCAGACAGGAUCGGGAGGCAGAAUUCCUUCCACUGCAGCAAGGAGAUAUGUCAGUACAGGAGUACAUCAACAAAUUUGAACACUUGGCGAGAUACUCCUCACAAAAUAUGACUGAGGAGUGGAGGUGCUUGAAGUUUGAGCGAGGACUCAAACAUGAGUUGAAGAAGGUGGUGACGCCUCUGAGAGAGAGGAGAUUCCCGGUCUUGGUGGAACAGGCCAAGAGUGCUGAACAUUUAGAGAAGGGCCCCAGUCCUAUUGUGAGCCGACAUCAGAAGAAUGUCACGGAGGCUAGGCAGAUGAAAAAGCCGUAUAGCCGACCUCAGACAUCUCAGGGUCCCAGUUGCUACCAGUGUGGCGGACCCCACCUGAAGAGAAAUUGUUCACAGCUGGCAGGUGGAGUAGGAGGGUCAGAAGACCAUCGCAAGUGUUUUAUAUGCGACAAACCGGGACACUUCACCAACAACUGUCUAGAAAAGAAGAGUCUAGUCACGAAGAAACCUGCAGCAUCGCCAGCAGAGCGAGCUAGGGCAGCGGGCAGAGUCUUUGCCUUGACCACCACAGAGGCUACACAGUCAGGUAAUCUUAUCCUUGAACCUUGUAUGCUGUUUGGUAAUUUAGUGUUGGUAUUGUUUGAUUCCGGGGCAACCCAUUCUUUUAUUUCUAAUGUGUGCGUGGGGAGAUUGCAAUUGGUGACACGUGAUUUGGGAUGUGAGUUGCUGGUUUCAACUCCCUCCUCAGGUCAAGUGGCUACCAGUUCGGUCUGCGUUGGGUGUUCUAUGGAGGUGGCAGGUCGUAGAUUCAAGGUGAACCUGGUGUGCUUGCCUUUGUAUGGAUUGGACGUAAUCUUGGGGAUGGACUGGCUGUCUAACAAUCACGUCAUAAUUGAUUAUGGACGACACAGUUUGGUAUUCCCAAAGCAUGAAGGACUGGAGUUAAUCUCGGCUUAG